UUAAAAAAAAGAUUGGACCUCCACUCCAUGGCCAGCUGUGGCGUCACCUGGAAGUAGUCUUGCUGGGCGGGACGACCGGGAACAACAAGAUGGCGGAGAGUGAAGAGUUUCGGAUGCUUAAAGGUCACAUAUACUGAGGAAUUGUAAGGAAAAAGGAUAUGCACAUAAGGACAAUCCAGCAUGGAGCGUUAUAUCGAAGGGAGUCAGUCCUGUAACACAGACUUCAGCCUGUUGACUGGUGGAUCAGCCCUGUGGCACGACACCAAGACCAGUAUGAAUCUCCAGCAGCCAGCACCUCUUAUCCCCCCAGUCCAUCCAGAUGUGCAAAUGAAGCCCCUCCCCUUCUAUGAUGUGCUCGACGUCCUGAUCAAGCCUUCAAGUCUAGGAGCGAGUCCUGCACAGAGGUACCACCAAGAAAAGUAUUUCAUCUUUGCCUUGACACCACAGCAAGUUCGUGAAGUAUGCAUAUCUAGGGACUUUCUACCAGGUGGCAGAAGGGACUAUAUGGUUCAAAUUCAACUGAGGUUUUGCUUGUCAGAGACAAGUUGCCCUCAAGAGGAUAACUACCCAAACAGUCUUUGUAUAAAGGUCAACGGGAAACUUUUUCCUUUGCCAGGUUAUGCACCACCACCAAAAAACGGCGUAGAACAGAAGAGACCAGGAAGACCUUUAAACAUCACCUCCCUUGUUCGACUCUCCUCUGCAGUACCCAAUCAGAUUUCCGUCACAUGGGCACCUGAAAUUGGGAAAACCUAUUCUAUGUCUGUGUACCUGGUGAGACAGCUGACAUCACCACUGCUUCUGCAGAGGCUGAGGAUGAAGGGCAUCAGAAAUCCAGACCACUCCAGAGCACUAAUUAAAGAGAAGCUGACAGCAGAUCCAGACAGUGAGAUUGCUACAACAAGCCUUCGCGUCUCACUCAUGUGCCCGUUGGGUAAGAUGCGCCUGACGGUGCCAUGCCGGGCGGUGACCUGCUCUCAUCUGCAGUGUUUCGACGCUGCCCUCUACCUGCAGAUGAAUGAGAAGAAACCCACGUGGAUCUGUCCUGUGUGUGACAAGAAGGCUGCAUACGAGAGUCUCAUUAUUGAUGGUUUAUUCUUGGAGAUCCUGAAUGACUGCUCCGAUGUGGAUGAAAUCAAGUUCCAGGAGGAUGGGACCUGGUGUCCCAUGAGACCAAAGAAAGAGUCAGUCAAAGUCCCCUCUCAGUCAAUUCCAAAAGUUGAGACCUCAGCUCCUUUACGCCAGUCUUCAGUGGUCGUCAACUCUACGGAGCCCAGCUCCACCAAGAAGGCGGAUGUGAUUGACCUGACUAUUGAAAGCUCCUCUUCCUCCUCCUCCUCCUCUGAUGAAGAGGACACAGACCCUCCACUGAAGAAACGCUGCAUUUACAUUUCCAAGAGCGAGGAGAUGCAUGCAAAGGGGGUGUUGACCUACCAGCCUACUGUGCGCGUGCCAAACGUCCAGGCCCUGGAUCCGUCGUAUCUGACCUCUACGCUCGCCGACUAUGCAGUCCCCUUCCACCCAUCCACCCUAGCCACCAUCCCAACAGAAAUGCAGAGUAUGGAUUUGUUUUCCUUAAUUCAAGCAGAUCCUCAGCAUUACCGGCCACAGAUGUUUCUGGACAACCUGACGAGCAGCAUGCAGAGUGCGGCCGCAGCCAGCACCAGCUCAUCCCUGGUGUCCUCCUCCAGCAGCCACUACGACACCAGCAGCCACGCCGCCAGCUCCCUCCACGAGACCCGGGUCAUCACAGGGGGAGGGGGGGCUGGAGGAGGGGUGAACAGUGGCAUAUCAGAUAUCAUUUCACUAGACUGAGCCACGUCUCACUGGACCUUUUCAGGCCGGUUUUCUUGGCCUUUUUAGUGCGGACUACGUGUACAUGCCAUGUUUUACACAAGAGCACCCAGAUUGGAAUACAUGACUUCUUUGAUGGCCUGGGCAUUUUCAUCCUGUUAAAAACUGUAUCCAGGCAUGUUUAUUUUUGCCCUUGGUUUUUUUUUAACCUGAAAUGGGGUUGGCAUCCUAUCUGCUAUAGUAGGAUGAUAAAUGGUUUGAUGCCCAAGGACAAUAUUGUGUGUCAGUGUAUUGUCAUUUCUCUUGAAGUACUCUUGACUUUAACAUUUCUUUCAGAUUCUAAUUUGGAAAUAUGAUCGUAUGCUUUCAAAAUAACCUGAAUCAUGUUAGAUCUAAACAAUGGGAAGGAUUUUGCCUUGGUUUAGUUCAAUACUACCUGUUUUUUUCAGCCUUGAUAUAGUCCAAUACAACUGUUGUUUUAGCCUCGGUUUAGUCCAAUAUUCGCUUUUUUUUCAGCCUUGGUAUAGUCCAAUAUUCACUGUUGUUUUAGCCUUGGUUAAGUCCAAUAUUCCCUGGAGCCCCAAUAAAACAGCAAACCGUUUAUUUAACUGAAACAUAAUUGUUUAGUGCAAUAUUCCCCUGUUGUUAUAGCAUUGGUUUAGUCCAAUAUUUCUCCAUUGUUUUAGUCUGGUUUAAGUCCAACAUUUGCCCAGUGUUUAACCUUGGGCUAGUCUCUGUAUCCCUCCGGUUGCUAGAUGUCUUUCCCUCACUUUACCCACCACUCAUUAAGUCAGCACUGUCAUUGUGUGCCAGUGGAAUCAGUGGACCUGGCAUUCCUUUUACAUUAUGAGGAGUUAUUUUAUUUUAGUCUUUAUAUAAUAAAUAUUGCCUGGGAACUUUUAUUAGUAUUAGCCAUCAUACAGUAUCAGUCUGACAUGAGCAGCUAGUCCUUUGGCCACCCAUAUCUAGGUGUAGAAAUAUUACCAUAGCCCUUCCAUGCUCAGCUCUGUAGAGGAUUUCCUGGCAGAAAGAUAAAUGUAUGUUACGCUUUUUUUAUCACCCAGUUGUCCCCAUGUUGGAAAUAUUUAGAGCAGUGAACUGCUCAUUUCUACCGAUUUUGUUUCUUUAAACAUACAUGUGACUGACUUCAGCCUGUCCUGGCCUGGUUAGCCCGGAGCAGAGUCAGGAGGGAUGGAAGACGAGCGCCAGCUCACUGCUCUCAGCAAGACUUUGUUUCACACAGCAGCCAGCAAGCAAACUAACAGUUAAAUGAGAGACUGAUAAACAUACAGGUCAGUAAUUGGGAGGCGGGUCAGUAAUUGUGAUGGUUUUUGUUGUUGGUUCUAACAGCUGUCAGUCAGAUUACAGGGCUGCUUUCAUGGCAAACCAAUGUAAAAUGUUCCUUUUGUCAUUUAGUUAGAGCAAUAAUAAUUGAACUUUUUAGGUAAAAUAAAGUUGUAAAUUUAGUUCAGAUACUCCACGAAAGCUAAGCUAGGCUAGAAUGCACUGCUCUGCUCUGGACCCUAAAUCGGAUCCCUUUUAAUUUAAUUAUUUUUAUGUAUGGUCGGUUUAACAGGAUUUUUGUUCUGUAGGAGAAAUAUACUUAAAGCAAUAGUUCAAAACUCAGGCGAUUAGGCUCAAUUUCAGUGAUUGAGAUCGCCAGAUUGAUAUCACAGACAGACCUGGACUCAGGGCAGGAUUAGCCUCGCUUAGCAUGGCUGGACAUUUAACGUGGCUCUGUCCUACUGACACCUCUGAUGCUCACUGAUCAGUAGGUCCCAUUUGUGUGCUCAUAACAUAAAUGUCAUAUGUACAACAGUUUGUGUUUGCCCCGAGCUAGCUGUCUCCUCCUCGGUCCGGUCUUCAUGCUAAGCUAGGCUAAUCACGUCCUGACUCCAGCUCUGUGCCUAAAACAGACAUGAGAUUAAUAUUAAUUUUCUCACCUUAUGCUCACAAAGAAUAUCAACAAGUGUGUUUCCCAAAAUGUUAUACUGUUUAUUUGGGUUCAUCAGUUUUGACUCUCACAAAAAUCUACUUUAUUAUCUGUGUAUACUGAAAUAAUUUUGCAUUCCCGAGCAGCUCCGCU